GGUGUGUCCAGAAGUGCGGACUUGGCGAACUGCGCGCUCUGAAAACAUGCGCGUGCUUUAUUGCUAAUAGCGGGGAGGAUAAUUAAUAUGCGUAAACCUCAAUAUGAGGUGAAACGCUCUUAUAGUCUGUUUACAUAUCAGAUUACAUAUAGGCGUGCUUUAAAAACGCGUCCUUCUGACGCUCGGUUUCACUUCCUCUCUGGCGAAUGGCUUUACUUUAAAGUUUAACUGAAGUUGGAAAGUUGUGCACUGCUUGUAAACAGAAGCAGGAGCUGCAGGAGCUCGUUCGCUCAUGGCUGUGGUCGGCGGUAAGAGCGCAGCGCCGUUCUCCGUGAUCAAGCGCUCGUUGUCGCUGCGCUCGGUGCUCUCCGGCGGGCGGCGCAGCGCGCAGGAAGGGCGGCUGGUGACCCGUGCUUCUCACCCGCUCCGGACUCACCGACACCCCUCCUUUGUGUGCUUCUCCUGCCAGGACUCCAUGAGCGAAACCCUGCGGACCUGCUACGCGUAUCUGAACCAGACCAGCCGGAGCUUCGCGGCGGUGAUCCAGGCCCUGGACGGAGAGCUACGGCAUGCGGUGUGUAUUUUCUACCUGGUUCUGCGAGCUCUGGACACAGUGGAGGAUGACAUGAGCAUCCCGCUGGAGAAGAAGGUCCCAUUGCUGCAGGACUUCCACACGUUCCUCUAUCAGCCGGAGUGGAGCUUCAGCGAGAGCAGAGAGAAAGACCGGCAGGUGCUGGAGGAUUUCCCCACGAUUUCGGUGGAGUUCAGGAACUUGGGCCAGGAGUAUCGCGAAGUGAUUUCAGACAUCUGUUACCGGAUGGGUGUGGGGAUGUCCGAAUUCCUGGAGAAGAAGGUUUCAUCCAUGCAGGAGUGGGACAAGUACUGUCAUUACGUGGCGGGUCUGGUGGGGAUCGGACUGUCCCGUCUGUUUUCGGCGUCCCAGCUGGAGGACGCUGAGGUGGGCUGGGACACAGAGCUGGCAAACUCCAUGGGUCUGUUCCUCCAGAAGACCAACAUCAUCAGAGACUAUCUGGAGGACCAACAGGAGGGAAGAGCCUUCUGGCCACAGGAGGCCUGGAGUCAGUUUGCGUCCCGUCUGGAGGAUUUCGCUCGUCCUCAGCACCUGAGCUCUGCUCUGUCCUGUCUCAACCUGCUGGUGACCGAUGCUCUCCAUCACGUCCCAGACGUCAUCGAAUAUCUGUCCCGCCUCCGCAACCAGAGCGUCUUCAACUUCUGCGCCAUUCCUCAGGUCUGAUGCAUUUCUCAAACU